AUGGAUCGUAUAGAAACCGAAAAUGAUAUCAUUUCAGUUACAGAGUCAUCAUCUUUAUCUGAAGGACCAGCAAAUAAAAAACACAAAAAAUCGGAUCCUGAGAAUACCAUGGAUUAUUUGCAAUCAACAACCGUUUAUGGUAACUUGAUGGACGAUACAAGAUACCAACUCGUCAAAACAAUAUCAAAUAAAAUUGAAGAAAUUGAUAAAAUCAACAUUUAUUUAUACAUGGUUCGCUUGAAUAAUCUUGGUUAUUUAUCUAUUACAUUUCAUUGGAUUGAUGAUGAUUGGAAUAUGUGUAAAUUGCAUCUUGUUAUUAUUACUACUCAUAAAGCCAUUCAGGAUUGA